AUGUACAAUUGGCCAUUCCCGAUCACUCUCACCAUGAUCCACAUGGCCUUUUGCUCCUCCCUCACCGUCCUCCUUAUCAAGGUCUUCAAAUUCGUCGAGCUAGUUUCAGUGUCCCGUGAGAUGCUCAAAGCCCUAAUGCCGGUCGCCGUCUACUCAAUCGGAGUCCUCCUCAAUAAGGAAUCCUUCAAAUCGGAGACGAUGACCAACAUGCUCUCGAUCUCCUUCGCGGCGAGGCUAAAUUCGACACAUGGGGAGUGA